AUGCACUCCCAUACCCUGCCCUCGCAUCAACAUCAGGUGGUGAAGCAGCGCAUGCAGACAGGGCAGUUCCCCACUGCAGUCAACGCUGUCAAGACCAUUCUCUCAAAGGAGGGAUUCAGGGGGCUCUAUGCGGGUUAUGGCUCCUUCCUUCUGCGAGACCUGCCAUUUGAUGCCAUCCAGUUUGCGAUUUACGAGCAGCUCAAGAUCCAACUCAAGAAAACGCUGAAGCGGGACCUUAAGGAUCCAGAGAUGGCAGUGGUGGGGGCAAUCUCAGGUGCCAUCACAGGCGCUGUCACCACUCCUCUUGAUGUCAUCAAGACUCGGCUCAUGACCCAGGGGACAUCUGGGCAAUACAAGGGCAUCAUUGAUUGCAUUCAGAAGACAGCCGCACAAGACGGAGCUGGCGCUCUUUUCAAGGGUGUUGGCCCCAGAGUAAUGUGGAUCGGCAUUGGAGGGUCGAUCUUCUUCGGAGUUCUUGAGAAGGCAAAGCAGCUAAUGCACCAGGCAUACCACACACCUCCCCCAUCAGAGGCAUAUUUCUAA